ACUACAGAGAGAGAAACUAGUGUUAGAUUACUGAAUGUGGAAAUGAAAAUAUAGAAAAGGGUAAAACUCAGAGAAAAGAAACAACAUGGAUGAUGUAUAAGAAUAUGUGAAUGUCGUACGAGGUGAAGUCAGAACAGAUAUCACAGAUUCAACGCCACGAGAACCCAGUCAUAUAUAUAUGACUGUAAACAUUUGAACUGCACCAUAAAUGUCUGGACGUGUGAAUGAUAUCAUGGAUAAAGGUUCAAUAAUGGACUCAGAAGACCGAAUAGAAAGGAUUGUUGAUAUCUACGUCAGUGCAGAGGCUGUAAGAGACAUGAAACAUAAGAAAGAGACAGAAGACUUCAACACAGAAGAACCCCGAACACCUCGACACACAGGAAGUGAUGGUGUGACGAUCUCCAGAGCAGCUGGUGUGUGUUUGGGGCUGAUGUGUGUUCUUCUGAUGACUGCAGUCAUAGUGUUGUGUUUCAUCUUCAUUCAAGAGAGACAACAGCUGAAGACUAAGAUCACCAACCUCACAGAAGAGAGAGACCAGCUACUAACCAACAAUAUGAGCCUCACUCAAGAGAGACAACAGCUGCAGACUAAGAUCACCAACCUCACAGAAGAGAGACAACAGCUGAAGACUAAGAUCACCAACCUCACAGAAGAGAGAGACCAGCUACUAACCAACAAUAUGAGCCUCACUCAAGAGAGACAACAGUUGAAGACUAAGAUCACCAACCUCACCGAAGAGAGAGACCAGUUAAAAUCAGAAAGAAAUGAUCUUAAGUUGGCAGAUGGAUGGAAGUGUCAUCAAUCCAGUCUUUACUUCUUUUCCUCUGAGAAGAAGAGCUGGAUUGAGAGCAGAAGAUACUGUAGAGAGAGAGGAACAGAUCUGAUCAUCAUCAACAACAGAGAGGAACAAGAUUUUGUGAAGAAUAUUUGUGGUUCUGAUCAUUUCUGGAUUGGUUUGACUGAUAUUGAAGUGGAGGGCAGAUGGAAAUGGGUUGAUGGCAGCACACUGACCUCUGGGUUCUGGGUGUCUGGAGAACCAAACAAUCAGGGAACAGAGGAAGACUGUGCUAACACUCAUUCAUCAGGAUGGUUUGAUACUAAAUGUGAUAGUAGUGUUAAAUGGAUCUGUGAGAAGAGUAUCCUUAAAUAAAUGAUACAUUAUAAUAAAAAUGUACAUAUAUGCAUCAUGAACAAAUAAAUAUGUCGGUAAUUUUACUUUUUUUUUAAU